GAGACCACUUCCUAUUCUGUGACGCGAUGAAACAUGAUGAAACAGAGAAGGAAGAAAGUGCAACUAUGUGCUGCAAGUGAGCCAGCUGUUUAAAUCUUGAUUAAACCUUAAAGGAAGAUGAUCCGAAAGAGCCAUGAAGAUUCAUGUGAGCAAGAGAACCUUAUUGACCCCAGCAUGUACGAUAGCAGCUCCAUGUUACAAUCGCAUCCUAGGUCACAACACAAUGUCAAUGGUGCUCAAAGAGUCGAUGAUGUGUUGUUGCCACCAAAGAUAUCAACAUGUCAAGCUGCUGUGUCCUUAGCGUUACUUGUAUUUAUAAAUCUUCUUAAUUACAUGGACAGACUGACAAUAGCAGGAGUUUUACCACAGAUUAAAUCAUAUUAUGGCCUAGAUAACACGAUGGCUGGCUUACUGCAAACUGUUUUUACCUGCAGCUACAUGCUGUUUGCUCCUUUCUUUGGUUAUUUGGGGGACCGUUGUCCGAGGAAAUAUGUGAUAGCAUUUGGCAUGGUUAUUUGGAGCAUGAUGACAUUAGCUGGGUCUUUUGUACAAAGUAAAGAUGUUACAUGGUUUUUUGUCAUAAGGGGUCUUGUUGGCAUUGGAGAAGCCAGCUAUUCAACUGUAUCUCCAACUUUGAUAGCAGAUAUGUUCGUUGGUGAAAGUAGAACAAAAGCAUUGUCACUUUUUUAUUUUGCAAUACCUUGUGGCAGUGGGCUUGGUUACAUUGUUGGUGCAAAGGCUUCAAAGUUGCUUCACGGAUGGCAAUGGGCACUAAGGAUAACUCCUGGAUUUGGUUUGCUAUGUGCCUUUUUGGUGGUUGCCAUUCUUAAAGAGCCAGAACGUGGAGCUGUAGAGAUAAAAGCUAUUAAAGGAGAUGUAAAAUCUCAUGGACCAAAAGCAACUAAAUAUUGUGAUGAUUUAAUGUAUCUCUUAAAAGUAAAGAGCUUCUUAUGGGCAACAGUUGGUACUACUCUUGUGUCAUUUGUAGUUGGUGGGUUGGCAUUCUGGGCGCCAACUUUCAUUCAAGAGUCCCAAAAAAAGAUGGGGAAAGAUGUUUCAUUGGACCAAGUUAGCUUUUUGGUUGGCGUGAUUACAUUUAUUGCUGGUCUUACUGGUGUCUUGGCAGGUGCCGAAAUUUCCAGGAGACUCAAAAAUUAUUACAAUAACAGAGAAGCACUUGUCUGUGCGUAUGGUAUUCUUUGUGGUGGACCAUUUUUAUACGGUACACUGUAUGUAGCAGACAAGCAUGUUACGCUAUCCUGGAUUUUAGUAUUCAUAGCUGAAGUAUCUCUCUGCAUGUACUGGGUGCCAAAUGCUGAUCUACGGCUGGCCGUGAUCGUUCCAAACCGACGCUCAACAGCUGAAGCAAUGCAAAUUUUAAUGCAACAUCUUCUUGGGGAUGCCUCAAGUCCUUUUAUAAUCGGAGCCAUUUCAGACAGUGUCAAACAUGUUGGCUUUGAUGACCAAGAGGCUCUGUUAAACGCACUCUACAUAACUCCAUUUUUAGCAAUCAUAGGGGGAGCUGCAUACCUUUUCUGCAGUCUGACUUUACAGCAAGACAAGGAAAAAGAGCAACGGGAUGUGGCUGCAAAUGAGGACGAAUUCGUUGACGCAAACACGCAUCCAAACCCAUCUCACUCACACGUAAUCCAUACGUAAAAUGAGCAUUUUCACCGUCGUUAUUUCUAAGAACGUUUUUGUAAAAUUUUAUAAGUUAACCAUUUACAUGCAUGAUUUAUAGAUGAUUUAUAAAUUAAUUUCAGAAGUUUUUUGUUACUUUCAAAGUCGUUGAAUAAUGAUCACAAUGAAUAUUUAAGAUAAUGAAAAUACAUGACAGUG